AUGACGAACAAACGCAAAGGGGUUAUUUGCACAUUCCCUCAGUGCAACAAGACGCUGACAACGUCCAAGUUCAAGCAGCACUUCGCCCGGCACCUGAAGGAGGGGGAGAGCUACGACGUAAGCCACCGUAACCGCUACGAGCGUGCGCUCGACGACGCAAGCCUACUUCCUGAAGGACAAGAUGAAGGUGCGAACGUCUAUCUUGUUGCGCAGCUGCGUACCAUACUGGCGCGUCUGCAAGCGGUGGACGAGAGGUUGCAGGGGCUGGAAGGGCGGAUGGCGUCAAUUGAAGAGCUUCUGCGAGCUCGCCCCCCCCCCCCCCCUCCAAUUGAGGACCGCCAGGAGCGCGUUAACCGAACGAUCGAAGAAUCCUCGCCGGAUGAAGAGGAAGAUGCGAACGAGGAUGAACGCGAGGAAGCGGACAAGGAUGCAGAUGUUGAGAUGGAGACCCCGGCUUCAGCGGGCGACGUGGAUGGUGCUGACGACGGACCCAAGAGUCCGGCGACUCAGCGCCGUGUGCUCCGUGCGCUACGCAAUCUCCGUUAA